AUGUCAGAUUCUAAUAAAAACAAGAAAUCAAAUUACAGCAGAGGAUGUAUUUUAAAUCAAUAUAAAAAUUUUACUAAAUCAAGCAUAAAUGAAGUAUUAGAUCCUUUUGAAAAUAUCGGCGGAAGGAAAUUCUUAAUUUCUAAUGAAGUGAAUUACCUUUUGCCAUCUGAUAAAAAAGAACUUAAGCGAAAUGAGGUUACUCAUAUAUUAAGACAAUAUUUAUGGAAAGGAAAUUUUUCUUCCCCAGUUGAAGAAAUACUAAAAAAUGGUAGAGCUAAUGUUCUUGAUAUCGGAUGUGGAACAGGUUUUUGGAUUCUUGAUUUAGCAUCCGAUUAUCCCAAUUCAACAUUUGUUGGCAUAGAUAUUUUAUCAAGAGGUUUUCCAUCUUUAUAUGAACGUCCUUCGAAUGCUGGAUUUCUAAAGCAUAAUUUACUAGAAGGAAUUCCAUUUCCUGACAAGACAUUUGAUUUUGUUCGUAUGGCAAUAAUGUGGUAUUCAUUUACAAAACAGCAAUAUUUUGAUACUAUUAAAGAAUUAGUACGUGUUAUAAAGAAUAAUGGAUGGAUUGAGAUUGAAGAACCUAAUAUGAAAUUUAAAACAAUAGGAAAGUCGAUGACAAUUCUCCAAAAUGCUUUACAUUCAAAGUCAAGAGAAAAUGGAUUUGAUCCCACAAUAUUUUUAGAAAUACCUAAAUAUCUUGAAUCAAUCGAUGAAUUAACUAAUAUUGAAUGCAAGAAAACAGUUUGUCCAAUAGGCGGACGGGCAGGAAUGCAUGGAGAAUAUUCAAUUAAAACGUAUUAUGAAUCUAUUACUUAUUUACCCGACUAUAUGGGAAUAUCUCAAAAUGAUUAUCAAAAAUUAUUAAAUGAUCUUGAUGAAGAAUUUAAUCAAAAUCAUUCCAGUACGGAAGUAUAUAAAUAUUUUGCUAAAAAAAUUGAAAAAUUUUAG